GUAGAAUUCCAGCAGCAUGGACCCGUAUCGCUUGCUGAAUGUGGCGCGGAAUGCCACCCAGAAGGACAUAAGGAAAGCGUACCUGAAGCUAGCCAAGCAGUUGCAUCCCGACGCCACUGGCAACGAUCAGGAGAAAGCCACGUUGUUCAAGCAAGUGAACGAGGCUCAUGCUAUGCUAUCAGACCCUGACUCUCGCGCAGACUACGACCAAAGCCAAAGCAAUCGUUUUGGCUCGAGCCAUCGCGCAACCCAUCGACACGGUGCGCAGUCGUCGCGACACGAUACCGAGUAUUCCCCACGCGGUCACACCCGCCGCAGUAACGCCCACGAUUCAGACAACCCCAUGUACGGGAUCAACCACGAUGUAUGGUAUGCCCAUCAUUACGGCAUUCACGCGCAGCGAUCUGCGCGAUGGACCGCGACGCGGAACCAAGGCUAUGGCAUGCACAUUGCGCAGGACAUGUAUGAGAACGACAUGGAACGCAUUCGACGAAGCGAAGAGACGCAUAGAAUCAAGAACGGGUACUUUCUCCGCCAGGAAGCCAGGGAGCGGAAGCGCGCUGCCGAGUACAAACCGCCGCCAAAAGCUAACGACGACGACGGCUGCUGUAUUUCCUAGCAGUAUAUAAUAUGCUGGAGAUUAUUCACCAAUCAGUGCUCUUGAAUGUAGCACAAACCAG